GUGUAGCAGAAGUCAACAUGGCGGCUGAGAAAAAACGUGCGGUUGAAAAACAAAUGGAACUUUUGGAGAAAAAUGAGGUUCCAGAAGAGUUCGAAGAUGAUAAUGACAGUUCCAACGAUAGCGAGGAAUUUGAUGAUGACGUUGACAGCGAUGCUGAAGCCAUGGAAGGCAUCAAUCAGGAGGUGAACGUUGAAUUUGAGGCUCGUGAGGCCCAAGACAGUGAUUUCCAUGGGGUGAGGAAGCUUCUCCAGCAACUAUUCCUGAAGGCUAGCGUGAACAUAUCUGACUUGACAGAUACUAUAUUGACACAGAACUAUGUUGGAAGUGUGAUCAAGCAAAGUGAUAUCCUUGAAGAUGACGAGGAAGACAUGGGAGAUGACGAUGAGGUCUUCGGUGUUAUAUCUGUCGUAAACAUAACAGAGAAAAAGGACAAUGAGAGUCAUAAACUAAUAAAAAAAUAUGUGCUGGAUAAAUGCAAGGAAUGUUCCGACGCUCAAACAUAUAAAACAUUUGAAGAAACCCUGUGUGGAGAGUCUCAGAUCGGUCUGUUGCUAAGCGAGCGAUUCAUCAACAUUCCUCCACAGAUUGCGCCACCUAUGUAUGACAGUUUAAUAAAAGACAUCGAUAAAGCAAAUAAAAACAAGAUGAAGUACAACUUUGAUUACUACCUAAUGUUCAUAAAAACCUACAGGAUGACAGUUUAUCAAGGAAUGUCAAAGAAAAAGAAGAAAGGCCAGGGUGUUUUACAAACCACCUAUGUCAAUGUGGAGGAAGAAUUCUUCGUCGAGGAGGCUGACCUUAAGUUUGAAUACAGCGUAGAACAUGAACACGAUUCAGUAGUUGAUGGGAAAUGGGAUGAUGAGGACAAUGAAAUGAAACCAUAUAGAACUGUUAUAUUAUUAAAAGCUGAUAAACUGAACACAGUCGUUACAAAGACUAGAGACGAAUUUUCACAAUAGUUUUAGAUGCAGUAUUUCUUCAAAUGAUUAAUUUUUUUGUGCUUAUAUAAAAUAUAUAUAAAACUAUGAAAUAUAAAGGAUCA